AUGAGUAAACAAAAUAGUAGCUCGUUAAUAAUCGGCUGGAGAUUGGAAGGUCGUCAUGUCCUUAUUGUCGGUGGUAAUCAAAUUGCCGCGAACCGGGUUGAAUUCAUUUUGGAUGCAAAGCCACGAAAGGUAACUCUGAUUACGCCAAUUAAUAAGGUCUCUUCAGAUGAUAUCAGAAGAUAUAUUACCGAACGUGUGGUCACGCAUAAAAAUAGCAGAUUUCAAAAAGAACACCUGGUGGACGAAACAGGGGUACCAGUUGACCUCAUUCUUUCCGCUGUUGACGACGUGAAUUUAUCAAACGAGAUCGCUUCAAUCGCUCGUGAAAUGAGAAUACCCAUUAAUGUCGCCGAAAUACCUCAACUAUGUGAUUUUCUGUUUAUGCCAACAUAUCGGGAUGGUCUUCUCCAAGUUGCCAUAUCUACAAAUGGAACUGGUCCACAAGUCGCCCGAAAACUCAGGCAACAUAUUAUUGAAAGUAUACCGAAAAAUGUAUCUACUGCUAUCGAUAAUGUUGCUUUGAUUAAACAAAAUCUUGGUGCGGGAAACGCUUCUGCUCUGUCCAAGAUAACAGACUCUAUACCUCUUUGCGAGCUCGCUGAUCUUACGCAUGAAGACGUUGAUAGAUUAAUCGCGGAACACAAAAAUCUCGAGUUGGAUAGUUCCGAUGUCUCUUCGUUAUCCUCCACAACUGUAGGGGAUUUGAAUGAGAAUUCCACGUCAUCCAUUAAGUCAAAUAUUUCAUUUAAUGACGCAUACAUCGAUGGUGGUAAAAGGUUCGUGGAUGGCAAAACAGCGGUCGCGCAUGUAGCCUACGCUUUGAGCAGUAUUAAUUUCGUAUAUCCCGCGACUCGAUCUUACUAUGUUGGAGAGGUUAUUUCGCAUUGGUCUUCUCGGAAGGUUGAGAAUGCGUUUGGAAAAGUUUGUAAUUUUAUCCAAAUGGAUACUCGUUCAGGGGCUACGACGGCAAUUUCGGGAAUUGCUUCUCAUGUAGAUUCCA